AAUUUCUUAACUUAAAUAAGUAGAAAUGAGCAUUCCAAAUGUAUCAAAAGAUACAGAAUUAAGACAUCUACCAAUACAGAUUCAAUUGCAAUUAGUGAAGCUAUUAGAUGUUGAUGAUUCUGUUUUAAGUUUAUUGAUGGGAAAUAUUGUUAAAAAUCUCGAGGAUAAUGACUCAGAACUAAGGUUUAAUAGUGAGCAUAUUGAUGCAAUACGAGAACAUUCUCAAAGACACAAUAAAUCAGCUAUUUUAGUGCUACUGGAUGAAUGGAGUACAAUGGGAAAGUUAAGGCCCAAAGUCAGUCAUUUCCUUGAAUUGUUGAUUAAGUGCCAAUUAUUUCAAGCAGCUGAUUUCGUGGCUGAAUUAUCGAAUGAAAAUAAACCCGAAAGACCUGCAAAUGGACCUGCUGCAAGUGUUGAUAUUUCAGUGCCAAAUGAGAAUAUCGAUGAGAUUGUAAAUGACUUAAAUUAUCCAUUUUCAUCAAUUGACUUGACGACAAAAGCUAAUCGAAUAAAUAAUUUUGUUAAGCCUGAAAUCCACACACCGAACAUGAAUGACUAUAUGAAUAGUAAUGGAACUGCUACAAAUCAUAAUAAAAUUUGUAAUCAACUCGAAAUGUCAGACUUGAUGAAAUUCUCAAAGACAAUGACUACUCAGCUAGUUCCAACGACAAUCGAUUCUUUGGACAGUCAAAAUGUCAGUUCGGCAAUUCCAUUAACUGUGAACUCAGCAGAGCAUCGAGAAUCCUCAAAUUUCCCUGCACUAUCUGGUCUAAUGUCAUCAUUCAGCACAUCUCAAAGCUCAAAUACUGAAGAACAACUUCCAGUCUUCCUGCUAUCAAAUUCUGAACAUCAAGUUCCUGAUUUCUCUGGAUUGAUGAAUCAGAGCACAACAUAUGAGUCUUCGAGUGAUCAAAGUCAAUCGUCGAUAACGGAAUCAUCUAUCAAUACAACAAUAAGUUGAAAAGAAUAGACACAAACUUCUUUUUUAUCAACUUAAAGAUAACAUGUGUUGUGAUAA